AUGCACCAGGCUUGCACAACGAUCUCAAAGCCAAGAAAGGAAAAAGACCGAGAGCAUGUCCGCCCCGGUUGGUUGCAAAUAGAGACAGAAGAGUGUCUGAGUGUGUCCAAGCUCCAACCGUCUUCCACGGUGGCAGCUGGUGACAACUCGGUCUGCACAUUGGAGGAUGCGAUGCGAAGCUCCGGAACCCGGACGCCGGCACAAGAUUCACACCAACCGGUGUUGCAUCCACGUGUUCCGCCGCUAGGCGGCUCAAAACUAGGUUCCAGAAAUAUUGCGCCCUUGAGGGCUCCGGACUGUACUGAAAGCUCGGAAUAUAACAUAGCAUGCGUGAAGCCCAAAGAAGUGAUAGAGUGGUCGAGUCAUUGCAUCACCGCUUACAGCAGUACAGCCAGGUGGCCAGAUACUCGGGCCAUACGAACCCAACCUGGGAUAGCCGGGCUUAAAAAUACAACUUGGCCAAGCCUCUCAGUGACAACCAGCUGGGACAAGGACCUUCAGGAACAGAGUGUGGCAAGGAAGAGUCACGAGGAUAAUCGGGAAUCCUACGCCAACCAUGACAAAGCCAUAUUCUUUCCAGGAGAUCCGGGGCAGUGGUGCCAGGGAUUCUCUGAAGAUGUGAUGGGCCUUGAAACCAGAAGAUCUCUGGGCUGCGGCCCUUGGAACAUUCCAAUGGAAUUGGGCAUUGGUACCGCUAGCGAGGACGGAAAGCCAACAGGGACGCUCCAGAUGUUCUGGAAUCACGCCACUGUCAGGUGGGAAGCAGAGAAC